AUGCCGCUUAAGCGUGUGAGAACAGCCAUAUCCAAGCUCAACAGUCUUUUCGUGUCGCACGAGCAGAGAAGCGAUGAAGGCAGACCUCAAGAAGACACCCGCUACGCCCCAGCCAAAGAGUCCAACGUUGCUCACAGACCAGUCCGGCAGCCGUCAUCAUUUCAGACUCUCCAGGCCAGAUAUCAAGCAUCGAGUUACAGCUUGGCAGACACCCAAUUCACCCAAGACGAAAAGAUAUUCGGCCGCGAUUAUGGUACAACCUUGAUUCUUCCACGAUCCCGUCUCAUCCCUCGGUCUAAGAGCCUACACUACCUCAAAGCCGGACGUAUCGUCUCGAAUGAUAGCCAAACCACUAUCGUUCCUCACACUCUGUCACUGAGUCCUCCGCAUGAUGCUACGAAGCGACCAGAUUGGCGAACAUAUGCCUGGAGAUUUAGACGAGCUGGCAACUUCUACACUCACACUCUCGACACUGAUCAUCUCCGAGACCGCCUCUUCUUCCAGCCUACUCUCAUGUCAGCAGACACUUCUCUGGCCGCAGGAGUCUAUCAAGCACAUCAGGAAGUUCGCGCAAUGCAACUCGAGAUCGACGUUCUUCAGCAAGCCAUUUCCAGUGAGGAGAUACACCUUGAACACUUGAGAGAGAGAUUGGACCUAGCCCGAGUCAGAUAUUCCCAGCUACAGGCUGGGAGUCAAGCCAUGGACACUGCACUGCUUGAGAUCGACCAAAGCUCCGCAAUUGUCCCGGUAUAG